AUCUCCAAGACGGACCCCUCCCCGAAAAGGGAGAUGCCCACCAUGAUCCUCUUCAACGUGGUGUUUGCCUUGAGGGCCACCGCCGCCCCCUCGGUGAUCAGCUGCCUGCACAACCUCUCCCGCCGCAUCGCCAUCGUCCUGCAGCACGAGGAGCGCCGCUGCCAGUACCUCACCCGCGAGGCCAAGCUCAUCCUGGCCAUCCAAGACGAGGUCUCCGCCAUGUCCGAGACCACAGACGGCCCACAGUCCCCGUUCCUCCACAUUCUCCCCAAGUGCAAGCUGGCCCGAGACCUGAAGGAGGCGCACGACAGCCUCUGCACGACCGGCGUGGUGCGGCUGCACAUCAACAACUGGCUGGAAGUGAGCUUCUGCCUGCCCCACAAAAUCCACAACGUCGCCUCCCGCUUCAUACCCCCGGAGGCCAUCGAGAGGAGCCUGAAAGCCAUUCGCCCUGGGCUCUGGCUCCCUAGCCAUGCUUUGGUCCCUCCGGCACACCGACUGCGCAUGGUGGCGCCUCCUCCCCCCUCCCCCCCCCGCGAGCGGCUGCUGAUGGCCUCCUCUCCCUCCCGGCAGGUCUUCCAGCUGGCCGCGCACCUGGUGUACUGGGGCAAAGCCAUCAUCAUCUACCCGCUGUGCGAGAACAACGUCUACAUGCUCUCCCCCAACGCCAGCGUGUGCCUCUAUUCCCCUUUGGCCGACGAAUUCUCCUGCCAGUUUCCCGGCCACGAUCUUCCUUCCAUCCUGUCCAAGUUCUCCUUGCCGGUCUCUUUGGCGGAAUUCAAGAACCCUCUCGCUCCGCCGGUGCAGGAGACCCCGCUGAUCCAGAUGGUGGUUUGGAUGCUCCAGCACCGACUCCUGAUCCAGCUGCACACCUACGCCUGCCUGAUGGUGCCCCCCAAGGAGGAGGAGGAGGAGGAGGUCCGCCCCAAGGCGGAAGAGGUGCCCUUCACCGCCAGGCUCGGGGGCCGCAGCCUCAGCACCCCCAACGCCCUCAGCUUCGGAUCCCCAACCAGCAGUGACGACCUGACCCUCACCAGCCCCAGCAUGGAGAACUCCAGUGCGGAGCUGCUCCCAGGGGGGGACUCCCCCGUCAACAAGCGCAUGACGGAGAACCUCCUGACCAGCCUCUCCGAACACGAGCGGGAGGCCAUCCUCGGCGUCCCGGCGUCCCACAACCCCGAGGACCUCCGCAUGUUUGCAAGGCUGCUGCACUACUUCCGAGGGCGCCACCACCUGGAGGAGAUCAUGUACAACGAGAACCUGCGCCGCUCCCACCUGCUCAUGCUCUUUGACAAGUUCCGCAGCGUGCUGGUGGUGACCAACCACGAGGACCCCGUCAUCUCCGUCUUCCAGUCCCUCCAGAAGUAGUGAGGCGGACCGGCCCCUUUGGAGC